AUGAUGGAAGGAUUGAAAAAACGUACAAGGAAGGCCUUUGGUAUACGCAAGAAAGAAAAGGAUACCGAUUCCACGGGGUCGCCGGACAGGGACGGCAUCCCUCUCAGCCCUCAUCCCACUGAGCCACCUUGCCAUAGCAAACCCGACAGCGUGCGGGAAGGAGGAAAAAAAAAUUCGAAGAAAAGUAAUGGAGCCCCCAAUGGAUUUUAUGCAGAGAUCGACUGGGACAGAUAUAACUCCCCGGAGCUCGACGAGGAGGGGUACAGCAUCCGGCCCGAGGAGCCAGGCUCCACCAGAGGAAAGCACUUCUACUCCUCCAGCGAGUCCGAGGAGGAGGAGGAGACCCACAAGAAGUUCAACAUCAAGAUCAAGCCGUUGCAGGCUAAAGACAUCCUGAAGAGUGCGGCAACAGUGGAUGAGCUGAAGGCGUCUGUAGGCAACAUCGCACUUUCUCCAUCCCCCGUGAGGAAAAGCCCGCGGCGCAGCCCGGGGACGAUUAAGAGGAAUUUAUCCAGUGAGGAGAUCGCACGGCCCCGGCGCUCCACGCCCACGCCGGACCCCAGCAGCAGGAAGCCCCCCGAGGACCCCGCUGCGCUGGCACCGCUCUUUGGGCCCCCGCUGGAGUCGGCGUUUGAGGAGCAGAAGCUGGACGCUCCUCUGGACCAGCCCGAGAUCUGGGGCUCCAUCCAGCCCCCCAGCAGUGCCGACUCCCCGAAGCUGCCAAGACCUUUUCCAACUGGAACACCGCCACCGCUGCCGCCCAAGAACGUCCCGGCCACGCCGCCCCGCACCGGCUCGCCCCUGACGGUGGCCCCAGGAAGCGACCAGCCAGCCGCCGAGGCCAAAAGUGACAAAGUGCCGUCGAUCAAUGACUUGGACAGCAUUUUUGGCCCCGUGCUGUCCCCCAAGUCCGUGGUUGUGCACACGGAAGACAAGUGGGUCAAUUUUUCCGAUCCCUCCACGGAAAGCGUGAUGGUGGUGCCGAGGCCCCGGGAGAAGGUCGCGUCCCCCCCGGUGGGGGCAGUGGGCAGCCCGGUGGCCGAGCCCCCCCACGCCCUCCUGUCCCCGCUGCGCCUGGAGGAGCUCCAGAAGAAGGCUUUGGAGCAGCCCCACGCUAAAGAGGAGAACGCGGAGCCGGCCACCUCGCCCAAGGAUUUUGGGCCGGGACAGAGAGCGACCCCGCCGCCCCCCCCGCCACCCACCUACCGCACGGUGGUCUCGUCCCCCGGACCGGGUGCCAGCAGUGGCGCAGGAAGCCCCAGCGGUUCCUCGUCCCCGGCUCGCCCCGGCACGCCGCUGGCCGCCUGCGGCACCCCGCCACCCCCACCGCCGCGGCCCCCCUCCCGGCCCAAGCUGCCCCCCGGCAAGCCUGCCGUCGCCGACCUGUCCAGGCCUUUUAGCCCUCCUAUUCACUCAUCCAGUCCUCCUCCGAUAGCACCUUUAGCCCGUGCUGAAAGUACUUCUUCCAUAUCUUCCACCAAUUCCCUGAGUGCAGCCACCACUCCCACAGUUGAGAAUGAACAGCCUUCCCUCGUUUGGUUUGACAGAGGAAAGUUUUAUUUGACUUUCGAAGGCUCCUCGCGGGGCCCCAGCCCGCUCACCAUGGGGGCGCAGGACACCCUGCCCGUCGCCGCCGCCUUCACCGAAACCGUCAACGCGUAUUUCAAAGGGGCCGACCCCAGCAAGUGCAUCGUGAAGAUCACGGGGGAGAUGGUGCUGUCGUUUCCGGCGGGCAUCACCCGGCACUUUGCCAACAACCCCGCUCCGGCGGUGCUCACCUUCCGCGUGCUGAACUACAACCGGCUGGAGCACGUCCUGCCAAACCCCCAGCUCCUCUGCUGUGACAGUGCACAGAGCGACGCCAGCACGAAGGAGUUCUGGGUCAACAUGCCAAACCUGAUGACGCACCUAAAGAAGGUAUCGGAGCAGAAACCGCAAGCCACCUAUUACAAUGUGGACAUGCUCAAGUACCAGGUAUCUGCCCAGGGUAUUCAGUCUACUCCAUUAAACCUUGCAGUGAGCUGGCGGUGUGAACCUGCAAGCACUGACCUCCGCAUUGACUACAAAUACAAUACAGAGGCAAUGACCACACCGGUAGCUCUAAACAACGUCCAGUUCCUCGUCCCCGUCGACGGAGGAGUAACCAAGCUGCAAGCCGUGCUUCCGCCCGCUGUCUGGAACGCUGAACAGCAGAGGAUAUUGUGGAAGAUCCCCGAUAUCUCACAGAAGUCAGAAAAUGGAGGCGUGGGCUCUCUGCUGGCCCGCUUCCAGCUGUCGGAGGGGCCAAGCGCCCCGGCCCCGCUGGCCGUGCAGUUCACCAGCGAGGGCAGCACGCUCUCCAGCUGCGACAUCGAGCUCGUCGGCGCCGGCUACCGCUUCUCCCUCAUCAAGAAGAGGUUCGCGGCAGGUAAAUACUUGGCCGAUAACUGA